UUGGAAAAUGCCAUCGUUCUUUCAUCAAAUCCGCGCGCGCGCUCAAAAGAUCGACUCCCUCCUCUGUGUGGGCCUCGAUCCACAUGUGACCGAGCUGCCGGCGCCCACCGCCGCCGCGGCCGAGCGCUUCUGCUUGGACCUGAUUGCUCAGACCACAGAUGUCGCCGUCGCGUACAAGCCGAACGCGGCGUUCUUUGAAGUGUUUGGCGCGGAAGGGAUCUCGGCCCUUGACCGCGUCAUUGCCGCGAUUCCGGCUGAGAUUCCCGUCCUCUUGGAUGCCAAGCGUGGAGACAUCAGCACCACGGCUGCUGCUUAUGCGUCUGCGGCAUUUCACUCGGCCAAGGCGCAUGCGAUCACGUUGGCGCCGUACAUGGGCAAAGAUUCCAUCGAUCCGUUCAUCAACAUGAGCGAAUACCCCGAGAAAGGCUGUUUCGUCCUCUGCAAGACAUCAAAUCCAUCGGCGGACGACUUCCAAACGCUCACGUUGGCUGACGGGUCCUUACUGUACGAAUCCGUCGCGAAGAAGGCCCUUGCAUGGAACACCCAUGACAACAUCGGUCUUGUCGUCGGCGCCACGGACGUUGCCGCCCUCCGCAACGUCCGUCGACUCGUCCCAGACAUGUGGCUUCUGGCCCCAGGCCUCGGCGCGCAAGGCGGCAACCUCCAGGAUGCCGUGCUCGCGGGUCUGUCGGAAGACGGCUUUGGGUUGCUCCUCCCUGUGUCUCGCGGCAUUUCCAAGGCGUCGAACCCCCGCGAAGCUGCCCACGCCCUCCGCGAUGCCAUCAACGUCGUCCGCGCGACCAAGCGGCAGCACGUCCAGACGCAGUUUCUCCGCUUCUGCCUCGACUGUUCCGUGCUCAAGCUCGGGUCGUUCACGUUGAAGUCGGGUCGUCAAAGCCCGUACUUUUUCAACGCCGGGCUCUUCAAGACUGGCCGCAUGCUCCGCGAACUUGGCCGAUUCUACGCGAAAACCAUCCAUGCGAGCGGCAUCGCAUUCGACGUGUUGUUUGGCCCAGCGUACAAGGGUAUCACACUGGCGGCGGCCGUGGCCAUCGCGUACGAUGAGCUGUACGGCGUGGACCUGCCAUUCACGUUCAACCGGAAGGAAGCCAAGGAUCAUGGCGAAGGCGGCGUGCUGGUCGGCGCCGACGUUGCUGGAAAGCGGUAUUUUGUGCAUAUUUUCACCAAAAGUUGGACUUGAGAUGGUCAUUUCGCCAAAUAUGUGAUGGGGUGGUAUUUUUAAUCUUGUACACACUAUGCUAUACAACGAGUAGUAUAUAUAUAUAUAUAUAUGUGGUUUUGAGGAGGGGUCAAAGUUCGUUUGGGGGAUUGGCAGAAAUUCGACAUGACGUGAUAUUUGAUUGGCUCAGGCGGUUCUGGAAUCGUGAUUUGAUUGGCUCAGGCUGUUCUGGAAUCGAUGUUCUCCUACUAUUAGAUCUGCUGUGACGACUCCAGCUUGGAAUCGAUUGAGCAAUAAAUACCGUACCUCGUUGUUGUCUAUGAUGGAGAAUGAUACUGAUGGGGUUGUUGUUAGGGUGCUCCUGAUUGAUGACGUGAUCACCGCGGGCACGGCUAUCACCGAAGCCAUGCAUAUCUUGACGGCGGCCAAGGCGAAUGUGGUGGGCGUGGUGAUUUCGCUAGACCGCCAGGAGAAGGCGUCGGUCACGGACUCGCGGUCGGCCAUUCAGGUCGUGGAAGCGUCGUUUCAGAUCCCGGUCGUGUCAAUUGCAAACCUCAACAGCUUGGUACGCCUUCUCGAAGAGGAUGACCAAGGCGCGUCGUCCAGCGGGUUGAGCGCCGACGACCGCCAGACAUAUGUGACAACGAUCAAACAGUAUCGCGCCGACUAUGGCGUCCAAGGCUAGAAGAAAUACUAACUACUCACGUCGUCAACGAAUCCAAUAAAAAAAGAUGCUCAAACCAAGUGUAUUGGUUGGCUCGAAAUAUGGCUUAUAACAUAUAAAUGUACUACCGGUAGUAGGUAUAAAUCUCAA